GGGCGUGGAGCAGAACUAGGUGACUGACUAUGCUGGUCCACACACUGGUCCAGGCAGGAAAUAAAUGACACUGGUGUCCCAGACCAGGGUGGGGACUGUGGAGGGGGUGAAAAAUAAUUUGAGACACAUUUUGAAAGUAUUUGCUGGUGGAUCAGAAGUGGGGUGUCAGAGAAAGUAGAAUCUAGGCCAACGGCAAGGUUUGGGGCCUCAGGCAACUGCAGCUGCUGUCCCCAGUCCCCCUGAGCUGAGGAAGACAUUCCUGGCAUUCCUUCGUUUCUAGAUGCAUCAUUCCAAUUUCAGCAUCAGUCCUCACAUGGCCAUCUUCCCUCUGUGUGCGUCUCUCUCCUCUUUUAUAAGGACACCACACAUAAGGGAUUAGGGCCCUCCCUAUUCCAGUAUGACCUCAUAUUAGCUUAACUAAUAACUUCUUCAAAGACCCUAUUGCCAAAUAAGUUCACAGUCACAGGUACCAGGGGGUUAGGACUUCAACAUAUCUUUUUGGGGGACACAAUUCAACCCUUGAGCUGGCAUUUCAGAAUGGGAUUUCUUUUUCCAAAGGGGCAGGAGUGGGAUUCUAAUAUGAACUCCUCACCAGCUAGGCCUUCAGACUCAGUUUUCAGGCAUGGCUCCUGAGCUACAAAAUCGGGUCAGAGGUGCCCAGCGUUACUCUGUUCCCAGGGGGAGUCCUGGCUUGUUCUCUGGGGGCACCUCCCUGUCACUGAACAGGAGCAGGUGGAUUCUGGCUCAGGCCUCUCAGCAGGGCCAUCACAUGCCCGCUGCCCCACGCCCUCCCCUCUCCAGGUGUGCUGGGGGCAGCUCAGAUGCCAGGCUCACAAGCAGCCACAGAAAGGCACUGGCCGGGCCCAGGCAGCCAAUUGCUCAGCAAGAGUGGCAGAAGUCAGGAGAACAGGAAGGCAGGGACAAUGGCCAUGUCUGUUGCCUGGCCUACCAUGGCAGUCUCGGUGUUUGCCAGCUGGGUGGGGCAGGUUGGGCAGCGCUCAGCAGCUGAGCCUUUUACUUUGCCCCUCCGCAGGCCUGGGUGGGGUUGGGAUGCAGAGCAGUUCACUCUGGAGGGUGCAAAGACUCAGUCAUUGAAGGAGGCCUGAGGAGGGUGGCAGCAGCUAGAGGUCACCAGGAAAUACAAUUCCCAGAAUGCACAUCGAACUCCUGGCCGAGCCCCGGUUGCCUGAGUGGCUGGCUUUGAAGUAGAACGAGGAAACCUCACCUGGUCUGAGAAUGUCCAAGCCUGCCAGGUGCUUUUGUGUCUUUGUUUCUUGAUCUGCUCCUGUUGGAGAAAUUGCAGAUACAAACCAAACCUGGAAAUGGUAAACUCUCACCUGGUCCAUUCAUCCACACAGGCCUGCCCUGUGCCAGGCUCUGCCCUCCUGGAACUCACAGUCAGAUAGAAGAGACACAUCCACAAAACGUUUGCUUCCUGACGGCAGAGGCUUAGGCUAGCUGUGACCUAGCAUAUAAAAGCAAAACCAAAAAACAAAACAAAUCCUCGACGAUUCUGACUCAGAGUGACCCUGUAGGACAGAGUAGAACUGCCCCACAAGGUUUCCAAGGAGCAGCUGGUGAAUUCGAACUGCCAACCUUUUUUGGUUAGCAGCCUGAGCUCUUAAUCACUGCACCACGAGGGCUCUGAUCUAGCAUAUAGUAGAUGCUCAAUACAUAGCCGUGGAAUGAACCAACAAGCACAUCAGACAUCUCGCCCUUGUCUACCCAUCCACUGGGCUUUUUGCACUGUUUUCUUAACUCCUGGUGGUGCAAUGGGAAAGCUUUUGACUGCUAACCAAAAGGUCAGUGGUUACAAACCACCAGGGGCUUGACGGGAGAAAAGACCUACUGAUCUGCUCCUAUAAAGAUUACAACCUUGGAAACCCCCCAUAGGGCAGUUUUACUCUGUCCUAUAGGGUUGCUAGGAAACCCUGGCGGCGUAGUGGUUCAGUGCUACGGCUUCUAAACAAAGGGUCGGCAGUUCAAAUCCACCAGGCGCUCCUUGUAAACUCUAUGGGGCAGUUCUACUCUGUCCUAUAGGGUCGCUAUGAGUCGGAACCAACUCCAUGGCAACAAGUUUGUUUUCAAUAACUAGAUGCUUAGGGGGUGCUCCUUGGAAACUCUGUGGGGCAGUUCUACUCUGGCCUAUAGGGUCGCUAUGAGUCGGAAUCGAAUCGACAGCACUGGGUUUCUGGGCAGGGAGCCCUGGAGGGAUAAUGGUUAAGCACUUGGUCAGCGGUUCAAACCCACCAGCCGCGGCAGAAAGAUGCAGCAGUCGGCUUUCGUAAAGAUUACAGCCUUGGAAACCCUAUAAGGCAGUUCUAAGUUCUAUAUAGCCCUACAGGGUCACUAUGAGUUGGAAUCGACUGGACAGCAACGGCUGUACUAGAUGCUUUCCUUAGGUGUGCUGUAUCUCCCCGUCCGACCUUCAGCACAGGCUGUUCCCUCCGUGAGGAGCAUAUUCAGUGAUGUGUCUGCAGAGCUAAGACAAAGCCUGGCACGGAGCAGGAGCACAUUAAAUAUCUGAUGAGUGAAUGAAUGAAUAAUUGCCCUUGUCCAUUGUGCACCCCCAGGAAGCAGGGACACUCGGGAGCCUCCCUAUUCAUCUCGGUCCCCGCACACGCACACAGGCCUGAAAUGAAUGCAUCCUUUUAUCCACUCCGAGGAUAGCCAGAAUGGAGCAGGGGCAGGCCGGGCGGGGGAGUGGAUUGGUGGCUGCUCUCGGCGCCCUCUCAGGCCUCCUAAAGAGUCUGCUUUUCGGGACUUUGGGAGUUCUCAUCCUCUCCGCGAAAUUCACCUUCGUCCACCUGACUUCCACGACCAGCGCUCCAACUCCCUUUUCUGCUGCUUACCACUCAGGACAACCCAGACCGACACUCAGCAAACAGCACGUGGUCCAGGGGUCCCAGCUUCCCAUUGGCCGCUCGCCUUUUUCCUCCCCAGCGAUUGGCCUGGGCCCAGCCACGGUCCACCCCUCCGCAGCCCCACGGUGGUACAGCCCAGCACGGCCCAGGCAGGCGGGACGGUCCACUGCUCCGCGGUGCGGGGGGGGGUCGGGAAGAACCGGGUGAGGCGGAGGGAUCCCUCUGGAAUGUUUCCGUCGAACCCACCCGACUCGCGGCGGUGCGGAUUGGUCGCGAACACUGGGCCGCAGCAGCUGAUUGGCCGGACGCACGGUGUGGACCCCGCCCCCUGGCCGCGGCUGCGGGAGAGGCCCGGGCCGGAGUUUGCGGAGGGCCGAGAGGGGCGCGAGCUAGGAGGAGGCGGCGGCGGAGGCGGCGGCGGCGUCGCAGAUGAGGAAACUGAGACCCUAUGAAGUGAAGUGACUUGCCCACGGCCACACAGCUGGAUCACUCUGGCUGCUGUGUUGACAAGAGACCGUGGGGGGCGAGGUGGAAGCCGAGGGACCAGAAGGAGGCGACUGUACUAGUCUAGGUGAGCGAUGAUCUCCUGGGCGUGCCCCCUCUUGUUGCUGCUCAUGCCGCUGGGACUGGGGCGGCGGAAAAAGGCGCCACCGCUGGUGGAAAAUGAGGAGGCCGAGCCAGGCCGUGGUGGGCUGGGUGUGGGGGAGCCGGGGCCCCUGGGCAGGGCUGGGGCAGGAGGGCCCCAGAUGGGCCUGCCCCCACCUCCCCCAGCCCUGCGGCCCCGCCUCGUGUUCCACACCCAGCUGGCCCACGGCAGUCCCACUGGCCGCAUAGAGGGCUUCACCAACGUCAAGGAGCUGUAUGGCAAGAUUGCUGAGGCCUUCCGACUACCAGCUGCUGAGGUGAUGUUCUGUACCCUCAACACCCACAAAGUGGACAUGGACAAGCUCCUGGGGGGGCAGAUUGGGCUGGAGGACUUCAUCUUUGCCCACGUCAAGGGGCAGCGCAAGGAGGUGGAGGUGUUCAAGUCGGAGGAGGCACUGGGGCUCACCAUCACGGACAAUGGGGCUGGCUACGCCUUCAUCAAGCGCAUCAAGGAGGGCAGCGUGAUUGACCACAUCCAGCUCAUCAGCGUGGGGGACAUGAUCGAGGCCAUCAACGGGCAGAGCCUGUUGGGCUGCCGGCACUAUGAGGUAGCCCGGCUGCUAAAGGAGCUGCCCCGAGGCCGCACCUUCACACUGAAGCUCACCGAGCCCCGCAAGGCCUUUGACAUGAUCAGCCAGCGUUCAGGGGGUGGCCGCCCUGGCUCUGGUCCCCAGCUAGGUACAGGCCGAGGGACCCUGCGGCUCCGAUCCCGGGGCCCUGCCACAGUGGAGGAUCUGCCCUCGGCCUUUGAGGAGAAGGCAAUUGAGAAGGUAGAUGACCUGCUGGAGAGUUACAUGGGCAUCAGAGACACCGAGCUAGCGGCCACCAUGGUAGAGUUGGGGAAGGACAAAAAGAACCCAGACGAGCUGGCAGAGGCCCUGGAUGAGCGGCUUGGUGACUUCGCCUUCCCCGACGAGUUCGUCUUUGAUGUCUGGGGUGCCAUCGGGGACGCCAAGGUCGGCCGCUACUAGGCCACCUGCUGGACCUUGCAAUGACCUGGGCCUAGCCUGGCCUGGUGGGGACCCCCAGAGCAGCCACCGUGCCCUGGACCCCAGCCUGACGGCAGUGUGGAACAGAGGUGGGGCCGGGCCCCUGCCCCACUCCAAUCGGUACCACCCCCUCUUCAUUCCCCAGCCUGGCUGGAAUUCCCAGGCCCUCUACCCUGCUCCCCACCUACCUCAGCUGGGUUAAGCGCCACAGGGAGGGCCCGGCCAAAUUGGGCGGCCAUUCCUGCCCCCAACACUUUCCACAUCAGCUGCCAAACUGGUCCCUGUGUCUCCCUGGGGCCUCGGGUUCUUCUUGGGGCCAUGACCUCCCUUGUUUCCUGACGGAGGGAAUGCAGAAGGGGGGCAUCCCCCUUCAGCAGAUGCAAUAACACCCUCCUUCCUGCUGCCCCCCAGAGGAGCCCCUUGCUCUGAAGUCUGUUACCUCCGUAUUUGAAUGAGUCUGCUGUGAACCCCAGCCUCCCCCGCCUCUCCCCCACCCAGCCCGGACCUGUUGGGACGGGACGGGGGACCAGGCAGUGGGCUUUUGUAUCUGAAUUUGCUGUCUGAACAUAAAGAAUCUAUCUGCUGUUG